AUGACCGAAGCCAACACAAAGACCCAGACGCAAUUGGACUCGGAGCAUUUCUCGCCGUACCGCGCGGAUGGGAAGUUGCCCGUGGGCAAGGCCAUAGUGACUGAAUUAGCUGAACCAUACUCGGAGCUCGCAGACGCCGUCAACGCGCAAUUCCCAAACACAAAAGUCAUCGGGUACCCAUACAACAUCACCUCCGAGGAAGCCACGCUCGCACUCAUCGACGACGUGCUGAACUCCUGGGGCCGCCUGGAUAUCUGGACGUCUUCAACGUCGCACCUCGGACCCCCCUCGAUUCAAUCCACCAGCCCAAAUGACCUGCUCAACGCUUUCGAAACAAACGCCAUGCCCGCCUUCUUCGCGCUCAAAUACGCGCCCGCUGCGAUGCAGAAGACCACGCCGAAAGGUUCAUACCCCAACGCGGCCCCCAAAGACGCGCCCUAUGGGAGUAUCAUAGUGGUUACCUCCGUGGCUGGCACAUACGGCGGCUGCUGGUCACCCGCGUUCAGCAUGGCGUCGCAUGCAGCGCUGGGAUGCGUGCGAUCCGGCGUGUUGGUGUUGAAAGGUACCGGGGUGAGGAUCAAUGCGAUAGCCGCGGGGCAGAUUGACGUUGGGGUGGAUUUGGCGGGGGGCGAGGACAUGGAGAAGGGCCAGUUUCCGCCGGCGCAGUUGCAGGGGGAAGAUGCGCAGAGGCGGCUGAUUGGAUUGGAGAGGGCGGGGAGGCCUGAGGAGGUGGCAAGGGCGGUCGGGUUUUUGGCGAGUGGGUUUAGUAGUUAUAUCACUGGGAGUGAGAUUCGGGUGGAUGGGGGCGCGGGGGUUAUGAAUCCGAUUAUGGUGCCUGUUUAG